AUGAACCACAUGUGUCAGUAAAGGAGAGAGGAGACAAAAUAAACAUAUAGAAGUGCGUGCAAGUAAGAGAAGAGAAGAGAGAGCAUCACCAACUUCGAGUCUACCAAUCUUCAGUGAACGAACGAGAAAGAGAGAAGAUAAACAAACAUCAAAUGGCGAUUCCAAUGCCUACUAGACAGCUAUUCAUCGACGGCGAAUGGAGAGAGCCAAUCUUGAAGAAUCGCAUCCCCAUCGUCAAUCCAGCUACCCAAGAUGUCAUUGGUGAUAUCCCGGGGGCAACAAAGGAGGAUGUGGAAGUUGCAGUCAACGCUGCUCGAAGAGCUUUCUCAAGGAACAAAGGUAAAGACUGGUCCAAAGCAUCAGGAGCUCUUCGUGCCAAGUAUCUACGCGCUAUUGCUGCUAAGGUGACUGAAAGGAAGUCGCAUCUGGCAACGCUUGAGUCGCUUGACUCUGGUAAACCUUUGGAUGAAACUCUUUGGGAUAUGGAGGAUGUUGCUGGGUGUUUUGAGUUUUAUGCUGACCUUGCUGAAGGCUUAGAUGCUAAGCAGAAAGCGCCUGUUUCUCUUCCCAUGGAGACUUUUAAGAGUUAUGUUCUCAAGCAACCUCUUGGAGUUGUGGGACUCAUCACACCUUGGAAUUACCCUCUUCUGAUGGCUGUUUGGAAGGUGGCUCCUUCACUUGCUGCUGGAUGUACUGCGGUUCUCAAGCCAUCAGAGCUCGCUUCUGUCACUUGUUUGGAGCUUGCUGAUAUUUGUCGUGAGGUUGGUCUUCCUCCUGGUGUCCUCAACGUUCUUACUGGAUAUGGUUCGGAAGCUGGUGCUCCUUUGGCUUCACAUCCCAAUGUCGACAAGAUUGCUUUUACUGGAAGUUUUGCCACGGGAAGCAAGGUCAUGACAGCUGCUGCUCAGUUGGUGAAGCCUGUUUCGAUGGAGCUGGGUGGGAAGAGCCCUCUCAUUGUGUUUGAUGACGUUGAUCUUGAUAAAGCUGCUGAAUGGGCUCUCUUCGGUUGCUUCUGGACAAAUGGUCAGAUCUGCAGUGCAACUUCCCGCCUUCUUGUUCAUGAAAACAUCGCAUCUGAAUUCAUAGAAAAGCUUGUAAAAUGGAGCAAGAACAUUAAAGUUUCUGACCCCUUUGAAGAAGGAUGCAGGCUUGGUCCUGUUGUCAGCGAAGGACAGUACGAGAAAAUAUUGAAGUUUAUCUCAACGGCUAAAAGUGAAGGGGCAACGAUUUUACAGGGUGGUUCCCGACCUGAGCAUCUGAAAAAGGGCUUCUUCAUUGAACCAACCAUCAUAACUGAUGUAACGACUUCAAUGCAAAUUUGGAGAGAAGAAGUUUUCGGGCCUGUUCUUUGCGUGAAAACAUUCUCCAGUGAGGAUGAGGCAAUUGAGCUAGCAAAUGAUUCCCAUUACGGAUUAGGAGCUGCAGUGAUAUCUAAUGACGCUGAAAGAUGUGACCGCAUAAGCCAGGACUUUGAAGCUGGGAUUGUGUGGAUUAACUGCUCACAGCCAUGCUUUACUCAAGCUCCAUGGGGUGGAGUCAAACGCAGUGGGUUUGGACGCGAAUUAGGAGAAUGGGGACUUGAUAACUACUUGAAUGUGAAGCAAGUGACUCUCUACACAUCAAACGACCCGUGGGGAUGGUACAAACCCCCUUACUAAGUAAUGGAUGUAUACGUUGUCAUGAAAACGGAAAACCAAAUGCUGUCUGUCUGUGUGCUUUUGUUUUUAUCAGUCUGUCUAUUUGUGGAACCUUUUGAGUAAAAAAAGUCAAAGACGAUAUGAAUAAAGUCAGCUUUGGUGA